AUGGAUAUUUCGUCGAUGUGGUUCCCAGAACUGAUAUCACAGGAAAUCGAAGACCAUGAGUUCAUCAGUUAUAACGAUAAGAUGAUCGAAUCAUAUGACACGGAUAUAAUCUACACAGAAGAUGAUGAAGGUAGAUUUUUCCAGACUACUCCAAUAAUUAGUAGCUUUGAAGAACAGGUAGUUGACAUAAAAUGUCAAAAGGCUAGCAAUGAGUAUAACAUUAACAAAAGGUCUCAUCAAACACCGAAGGCUAGUCUUGUCUCAUCAUCCGCUUUCACUAUAUCUUUCGGAGAGGUGAAAUCUGAAGUCCAGAUCAAUGAUUCCUCCCCCGGGUUUGAAGCUGUUGAUCAUGAAAAGGUUCAGACCGUGGUGCCUAGGGGUCCGGUUCAGGCUCAAGAUCAUGUGUUGAGUGAGAGGAAGAGAAGAGAAAAAUUGAAUCAGCUUUUCAUUUCUAUGUCUGCCCUCCUUCCUAACCUUAAAAAGUUGGAUAAGGCAUCUGUGCUGGAAGAUGCAGCAAAUCACAUAAGGGAACUCCAAGAUCGCGUCAAGGAACUCGAAGGCUUAUCAUCUAGCGUUAAUGCUUGGGAUGCUAAACAAUCUGUUGUUCUCAUUUCCAAAAAUUCUAGGCUAAUUACCAAUAAUAAUAAUGAUGAUGACUUGUCUCCAACUACUGAUCAUGAAGCUAAUUCAGAAUCUGCGGAUUGUAGUGUGGAUGAUGUCUCUAGUAAAUCAUCUAGUGGUGAUGAGAUCGAAGUGCGGAUGUCACAAAACCAUGUGCUAAUAAGAAUCCAGUCCCAGAAAAACUCAUUGUCGAUAACCAAGGUGCUCAGCACGAUCCAUAAGAUUGGACUAUCAGUCAUCAGUAGCAGCACCAUGCCUUUUGCAAACACGGCUACUCUUUUCAUGAUUGUCGCGCAGAUUGAGGACGAUUUCUUUAUGACAGCCACAGAUCUUGCGAGGAACCUUCAACAAGGUCUAUGAACUUCCAUGAUACAUGC